AUGAGUACUGCUACAAAUGAUGAACUGCUAUCACAACAUUCCCAGCUAGAUAUCUGGUUUCGCGAAGCAAAACAGUCACUUUCGAUAGCUGGUCCUAUCUGCACCGAGGCAAAUGAAUUGGUCUUGACAUCUCGAGAGCAAAUAGAAGUUGCCACUGUAAUGUGGUCAAGAGUCAUGUUUGUUCAUCGGGCAGUCAAUGAUCAGUUUGAUCUGCUGAAUAAAAUCAAGCAAUCGUUUAAGAACCUGGAAACUUCGUGCCAAGAUGACUUCAAGAAUUCUUUACAAGAAUUGGAUGAUUUAGAAGAAAAGCUGGACCUAACUUUAAAUCAUCUCGAACAUACAUUUUUAGAUGAGGCAUUCAGAAUUGAUAAUAAAGGAGGAAGCGCUAGUUCAAACGGUAGUGUUGAACCUGAUAAUGUUGGGGGUGGUGGGGGAAGUGGUAGUAGCGGUGGUGGCCGAAACGCAAUGGGCACUGCUAGUGGGAGUAGUGGGAAUGGGAGUGGCAGAGGUUUUUUUGGUGGUGCUCGGACACUAAGAACGUUUGUACAUGAUAGUGGUAUUGAUAAUCUACGGCAAGCAGUGGGGAUAGCAGUCGAGAAAUCGCAGGUGAUUGUUAAAGAUCUCGCUAAAGUGAUAGAGUCUCUAGACGCUGACAUCAAUGAAUUCCAUAAGGAUAUGUUUUCAGUUCAAGCGAUAAAGCGAAGAGGUUUAGAAGCAGCGCAUGAAAAUACUGUAAGUGUUGCCACGGAUGCGCAUGCUAUGGCUCUUCUUCUCGAAUCUCUAACUCGGCAUUACGACCUGUGUUUAAAAGCAAUUGAGAUGAGCAAGACCCCUGAAAAGUAUAAAGACGAUUUGCCCGAGGUUGCUAAAAUCCUCAAAAACGACAGCCAAGAGUUAGAAGCUGUAGUCGAAGAGUUGUACGAACGCAGGAAAUUUAUAGAAGUUUCAGAAGCAGCUGUUUCUUCGUUCUACAAGCAAAUGAAUGAUCUGAAUAUGAAAGUACAAACAUUUUUUUCUGAGCUACUGGUGUUUGGCGUGUCCAAACUUACUGGUUAUAGUGAGAAACUGGAAGAAGCAUUACGCAUUCAUCAGUCCCAAAUGCAAGAAAUAUACAAGCUGAAGCAAGAACUCCAAUCAUUAGUCGAUUACUAUGGGCUCUUUCAUAGCGCUUAUCAAGCACUUAUUCUUGAGGUACUGAGGAGACGCAAAUCCCAGCAGCGAAUGAAAGCUAUGGUUAGCGACAUGCUAAAGCAAGUCCACAAUGCACACGAUGAUGAGGUGCGAGCCCGCCAGGGGUUUGUAAAGCAAUAUGGUGACUAUUUGCCAAACGACUUGUGGGAGGGUCUUCUAAACUUCCCACUGGAACCUCAAAUAAUCAUGGAAAAUGAACGGUUCCCGGAAAUAAGCGAAGCUAGCAUAGCGGAGGCCACCCGUCGCAUUGAAUUAUAG